CAGCGGAGUGUAAAAGAUUUUCAGAAGGACUUACUGAGUGUGCCAGCAAUUUGGGCGUAGAAUUGUUGUAUUCCUGCACUGAAACACGAAAUUAAACAACGAAUUAAAUCCAAAAGGCCACGAUCCACGAUAUCUAGCUUCUUUUUUUGUUCUUUGUGAAAAACUUAAAAACAACCGCCAAAAUUGACAUUUCAGCCUCAAGCUGCUAAAGGCCCUGCUACACGGAAGGUUAAUUUACGCGUAAAUUCACAAAUUACUGCCAAAACGUUUAUUUUUAACCCUUACACGCUGUCAAUGUCAAAGAUCCACCUUAAUCUUGUUGCUGCUGGUUUUGUUAUCAGUUUUUCGUCCCGUAAUUCUGAGUAAGUUAAUGUAAAGAUAUAUUAUCGCAAAGACACGUCUGCAAGUCCGCCUGGUGUCCUAGAUUCCUGUGGUUUGUAAAAAUUAAAGAGUAAAGAUAAACCUUGCUUGAAGGGACGUGGAAAUAAUUGAUAAUGAGUGAAGGCAGAGAAAUUGAAUCACCCAUUGGAAAUGAAGGAAACACGACGAACUGCGAUUCGUCGUCAUCUAUGACAUCCCGCUCAUCGAAAAGCCUGUUCGAACCAUCCGAAGAAUCUUCAUUACACAAUAACGAGUUUAGUAGUUCCUACUACAGCGGAGAUCGUGUGUCCAUUCCUGCCGGUGAAUGGAACGCGUUCAGUUUCCGUAAACUAUGGGCAUUUACUGGCCCGGGAUUCCUCAUGUCCAUUGCUUACCUAGACCCAGGCAACAUUGAAUCUGACUUACAAAGUGGAGUGGUGGCCAGAUACAGCCUUUUGUGGGUUCUUCUUGGUGCAACUUUGUUGGGACUUGCAAUGCAACGGUUGGCUGUGAAAAUUGGUGUAGUCACAGGACUACAUUUGGCAGAGAUGUGUUAUCGACAGUACAAAACUGUCCCCAGAAUUUUGUUGUGGUUAAUGGUGGAGGUAGCAAUCAUCGGUUCAGACAUGCAAGAAGUUAUUGGAACAGCGAUAGCAAUCUAUCUUCUAUCCUAUAAACGAAUCCCGCUGUACAUAGGUGUGCUUAUAACUGUAGUCGACACUCUAUCAUUCUUAUUUUUGGAUAAAUAUAAACUACGCAGAUUGGAGCUAUUUUUCGGAUUGCUUAUUACGACGAUGGCUAUAUCUUUUGGUUAUCAGUACAUCGUUAGUGAAGUGCCGCAAGUGGAUGUGAUCAAAGGAAUGUUCAUCCCUUGGUCCGAUGAUUAUCGACCAGGCACGCUCUUGCAAGGGGUCGGCAUCAUCGGUGCUGUAAUAAUGCCGCACAACUUGUAUUUGCAUUCGGCACUCGUAAAGUCACGAGAUAUAGAUCGCCGACAACCAAACGAAAUUAGAGAUGCUAAUCGGUACUACUUUCUUGAAGCAGCGGCUGCUCUGCUGGUUUCUUUCAUCAUAAAUGUUUUUGUGGUAUCUGUGUUUGCACACGAUCUCUAUGGAAAAACGAACCAAGAUGUGAUCGAUAUAUGCCUCAAUACUUCGUUUUCAAGCGACAUUUCGUUAGCCUUUGCUUCCAACAAUGCUACUGCGGAUAUCAACAUUUAUAAAGCCGGCCUAGUUUUAGGCUGUUUUUAUGGUGGUAUAUCGAUGUUUGUUUGGGCUAUCGGUAUAUUGGCAGCCGGUCAGAGUUCCACCAUGACGGGCACCUAUGCUGGACAAUUCGUAAUGGAGGGUUUUCUAAACUUGCAAUGGGUUCGUUGGAAGCGUGUGCUUUUUACACGUACAGUUGCCAUCAUUCCUGCUUUUUACGUAGCGUUUUUCAGUCGUCUAGAAGAUCUCACAAAAAUGAACGACGUUUUAAAUGCCGUUAUGGCAUUGCAAUUACCGUUUGCUGCCAUACCCACUGUUGCUUUAACAUCCAAUAUCGCACUCAUGGGCAAUUUUGUCAACGGAAUGUUUGAAAAAUGUUUAUCUAUUGCUCUUAGUUUUUCCGUCAUUGCUAUAAACCUGUAUUUCAUAAUGGCCAACUUAGAGCAAGUAGAACUAACUGCUCUCAUGAUUUUUGGAGUUGUCGUCUUUGGCAUUUUUUACAUAGCAUUUAACGCCUAUCUUAUACUACAUAUGCUUGUAAACUUAGGAAACGGACGGUUAGCUGGAAACAUGUUCAUCCAACGAUAUGUGUUGAACAACAAUUGUGCUAUAGUAUCAAAUGCAGAAAGCGUUAACCAGCGGUAAUGAUGAACAACAAUCAUAAAUAAACUGAUCUAUCAACAGCCAUUGGAAUGUAUUUAAAAUAAACUAAUGGCAAUUAACGGAAAGGUAACGGUGCUGUGCAGACAAUUUUGUAUGUUAAUAAUAUCUUAUUAUCUUUAUCGAGAUACACUUAAGCCUGAAUCAGGAACAAAACGUGAUAAAUUUAAGUAUAUUCAUUAGCUACUUGAAUUAGGAUAGAGUCGCUAUCGAUUUUAUACUGAAAGAGGACAUCUCACGAAAAGGUUUAAACACGUAUAAACAGUGUACUUUAUUUUUAAUAUUUACUAGACAGCAUACACGGUUGAGUUCCUGUCUAGUUUUAUUUCAUUCAAGUGAAUAAAUAAUCCAAA